AUGAAUGAAAUCAAUACGAAAACAUUUCAAAAUGAAAUGAUCUUAAACUCCUUGUUACUAAAUUUGGAGGGUAGUGAUACAAAUAGCAAUCCUAAAAAAAAAAUAGAGCAAACUAACCUUGAAAAAUGUGAAAAAGCAUCAAUAUUAUUGGAUAAUCCAAGCAUAUUUGAAGAUCUAGAUAUAAUAGAAGACAAUAAUAUAUAUCCUACAAUGAAUGAACAACAAAAAGGAUUAAAUUUAUGCAAUUAUGUUAAUAUAAAAUACACAAAACAUUUAAAUGAUAAAAAUAAUUAUAAUCAAUGUGACAAAAUUUUUGAUCUAACAAAAUAUCAACAUAAAAAUAUCAAAAAAAAAAUUCUAUUUGAUAAUAAUCCAAAGGAAUCAUAUUGUGAUAAUAGUAAUGUAAAUUUAUAUUAUAAGAAUUUAAAUUCUGAGACACAGUGUAAUAAUAUAAAUGUUAAUAAUCUGAAUAAAGAAAACUACACAGAAACAUGUGAAGAAUAUUUUAAUAAUUCAUGUGAAGGAGAUAACCUGACCUGUUCAGGUAUUUUAGAAAAAUAUGAACAAGACAGGAUGGAAGAAAUUCAUAUGAAUUUUGAAACUAACAAAAAGUUCAGCAAUUAUAUAAAAAAAGAACAUAAUUUUAAUGAUAUACAAAAUGGGAAUAAUAUUGUGAACUAUGAGCAGAAGGAUAAUACAUAUAUAUUUAAUUUAAGUAAUGGAAAAAAUGAAAUGAACCGAAAAAUGAAAGAAAAAUUUUAUUUAGAUGAACAUGUGGAGCUAGCGAAAAAUAAAAUAGAAAAUAAAGAAGAGGUUGUUAUAUAUAAAAAUGAAAUGGGAAAUAACUAUAUUGAAAGAGAUAUUAAAACAAACCUUAAUAAUUUUUUAAUUAAAGAGAACACAUUAUUCUGUGUGGAAAAGAUGGAAGAAAAUGAUAAAAGAAAUAAAAAAAAUAAAAGGAAUGUAAAAUAUUAUAUGAAAAAUGGAUUAAAAAAUAUACCUAAAGAAGAUGCAAAGAAAAACUUUAUUAAUAUGAAAGAAUUUGAAGAUAAAAUAAAGGAAAUACAUAAUGAAUAUGAAUUAAAGUACGAAGAUAUUAUAAAACAAUAUGAUGAAGAUGAUAUAAAAAAUAAGAAAUUAGUAAAUAAUAUAUACAUGAAAUAUAUGAACAUGAAAAAUGAAUUAAUAAAAACACAAAAGGAAAUUAUACAUAUAAAAGAAGAGAAUAAUAAACUAAAAGAGGAAUUAAAAAUUACACCUGAACAAAUUAUUGAAAGUAAUAUUGUAGACAGUUAUAAGAAUAAAUUAGAAGAAUACAUUUUUUUGACAAGAAAUAAAGAUAUAAAAAUUAAAAAUUUAGAGGAAGAGUUAAAUAAAGAAAAAAAGUGUAUAGAAGAAAAGGAAAAAAAAAUUUCGGCUAUAUCUGAACAAAAAAAUAAUUUACGCAAUAUGAAUAUAUUAUUAAAAAAGGAUACUAUGAACUUUGAAAAAAAGUUAGAAAAUUUGAGAAAGAUAAAUGAAGAGUUGAAACAAAUUAUAAUUUAUAAGGAAAUAAAAAUAAGUUAUUUUAUCAACAUAUUAAAUAUUAUUGAUGAAGCAAUAUUAGAUGAUAAUAAUGUUAAAAAUGGAAAGAAUAAAAUAAAAAAGGAUAAUAAGCAAAAAAUGGAAUUAGAUCCUAUAAAAAAUAUGAACAAGAAAAUUAUAAUUAAAUCGAUUGUUCAUAAAAUAAAAGAUAUUAAUCAAAAAAUAAAAACGCAUAACCAAGUGAUGAAUACAAUUGAAAAUUGCGGAAAUCAUAAUGUGAACAAGAAUCAAGAAAUACUAAAAAACAGUGAUAAUUUAAUAAAAGAUAUUAACAAAAAAAAUCAGAGUGAAUUAUUUGAUAAUUAUUUUGAUUCAACGGGUUUUAGUCUUACUGAAAAGGAAUAUAUAUUAGGUAAUGAGAAUAAAGAAUUAAAGACUUUUUUUUCUAAUGUAGAAUUGGAUAAGGAUCAAGAAUUUGAUUUAUCAAAAUCUGAAACCAGAAAGGAAAUACAAGUUAAGGAAAAUAUAGAGGAACUAUCAAAUAAAGGAUAA